AUGGAUGAACAGCACUCGAGCCACGAUCAGUUCUUUGAGAAGCUCAAUGAGCUGUUUGCCGCCCGCAAGGGCAGCGAUCACGGGGCCAUAUACCUGACACAAAAACGACUCACAUACAAUGGCGACAGCACUCCUGUGACUGCGGACGGGGACUUUGAAGACCGUAGUCCGUCGAAGCCUAUGCCCGUCAUUGUCAGAGCCACAAACGGCAAAUCCAAGCGAGCCAAGUCCAGCAAAUCCAAACUAUCAACAGUGGUCCAGCCACAUGAUCUAGAAUCAUUCUAUCUUCGGUAUGCAGAGGUCUGCAAGGCCGGCAUGGCGGCGCUGAAGCCUCGAGACCGUAGCAAGAACAAGGCCAAGGCCAAGGCCAAGAAGAAGAAGAUAACGGCAUAA